UCUUCUGCGGGUCUCUCGACAUGGCUACGGCGUGGUACAUAGUGUUCAUGCUCAUCUUUAUCUUCGCCCUGUUCAUCAUCCCGUACACCAUCUUCUUCUACGAGGAGGACGACUCGCUCGCUCUAACGGGUCGCAACGACUGCAAGAAGGCUCUGUGCUCAGCGACGAAGUACAUGGUCGGCGUGGUCGUGAUCGUGGCCCUUGUCUCGGGCAUCCUGUUUGCGGUGCUGGGACAGUCGGACGUGCCGGUCCGAGAUUUUGAGUUCGGCAUGCCGGUUCUCUUGAGCACCGGAGACUUGGGCAACCGUAUCGACAUCCUGCAGGGCAACGGGGUCACGGAAGACCUGACGGUCGACCGUUCGGUGGUUUCCACAGCCAUCAUCGACAGCGAAGACUCCGUGGUGCUCCAGCUGUCCUUCCCCGUGUUCGUUAUGGCCUUCAUGUCGUUCGUCGGCUGGAUCCUGUUCGUGUUCUUCGGGGGAUUGGGUCUCGUGGGUAUCCCGAUCGACAGCAUCAGGUCGUUCACCACGCGGCCUCAGCGGCUGGACAGGGGCCAGGUGGCGGUGCUCGAGGGCGGCAUCAAGCGGCGCUGCGACGACCUAGUCUCCGUCGGCGAGCAGCUGAAGGGGGUGCGCCAGGACACCCGCGAGGCGAUCGAGGGCGGCCAGCUGCGCUUCUUCGAGAGGCGGCGAAGGAACAACAACGAGGCCAAGGAGUUUAACCAGUUCAACCCGGUGAAGCCGUUCGCGUGGCUCCUGUUCGGCAUCCUUGCCUCAAUCAUCGCGUUGGUGUGGAUCAUCCACAUGGUAAUCUUCAUGAUCAUCCAGCCGUCCAUCACGCCCUUCCUGAACGACUACUUCCUUUGGUUCGAUAAGUGGUUCCCGCUGUUCGGGGUGCUCUCCGUGGCUAUCUUCUCCUUCUACCUGCUGGCGGCGUGCGUGAAGGGCUGCUUCAAGUUCGGGCUCCGGCUGGUCUGGUUCACCCUGCACCCCAUGAAGCCGAAUGGGACGUACAUGAACUCGUUCCUCUUCAAUUGCGGGAUCAUCCUCAUGUGCGCGACGCCGGUGAUCCAAUUCACGGUUCAGGCUCUUUCCGCCUACUUGCGCAACACGGAAGUGACGAACUUCUUCAACGUUCAGGUUCGCUACGUGCGGUUCUUCCGAUACUUUUUCGAGAACAACGUGUUCAUCAUCGCCCUCCUCAUCCUCGCUGUCUCUUCGGGCAUUUACCUGUCGUGCAGGCCAGUGGACAGCCCGGUGAGCGCGCAAAACAUCCAGGAGACCCUGAGGAAGUCGGCCGAGUACCAGUCGGCCCACUCGACGAACGGAGGAGGAGGAGGAGAAGAAGGAGGAGCCGCGGUGUCAGAAGGGAACGGCAACCCGGUUGGCUCGCUUUGACGCGUGGGUGUAUAAUUUUGAUGUCGAGAAUCGUGUUCUAACCUGUCUCGG